UGGCGUUGAUUGUUUAACGUCAGUUUAAUGAAAAUGAAAAAUAAAUAAAAAUGUUUGGAAUUGUUAAUAAUGUGUUUUUAAGUUUUACCGUUGUUCUCAUCAACUCGCAGACAUGUAUAACAGAACCAUUGUCGCCGCCGCCAGCGCUGAUGCUGUACAGUCCAGGAGAUCUGGAGUACACUGAUAUUCUGGUGAAGAGGGUGCUGGAUAAUUUGACAUUAAUAUGUGAACUACGAGGUGAUACAACACCGAGAGUGUAUGUAUGGAACUACGUUGGAAAUGGCACUGUUAAUGAAAGGCCGUUCACAAUAGAGCCGAGUGGUGCGAGCAACUCCAGCCAGCUGCAGCGUCUGGGGCUCCAGAUCAGUGACAGUGGGCACUAUAUGUGCUCCGCGCCGCCCUUCAGCGUCACCAAAUAUGUACUCGUGCAGCCUAGAGGUCCGAACAAAUGCGCGCGCGGUGCGUUCGCGUGCGAAUCUCGGUGCGUGUUGGCGAACUACGUGUGCGAUGGAUGGCGCGACUGUCUGCACGCAGAGGACGAGGCGCCUGCGCUCUGCUCCGCACGACCCUGCUCACGUAGCGACAAACUGAACUGUUCAUCUGGGCGGUGUAUAUCUGAGGCGGCGUGUUGCCGGGGCGGAGACCCGCUGUGUCGUCAGCCUGACUGCUGCAGCGAGCAUCCCAGAUACUCGAGACUUGAGAGUUACGUGGAGAUGGAAUACCCACCACUGUUCGAAGACCACCACGCGCCUGAUGAGAACAGCUUCAUACAGUCUACUAUAUAUACUGUCACAGCGUGCGCACUAAUCUUCAUGAUAGCGGUGGUGCUACUCGUCUCUGCUAUCUGCAAGAUGCACAUGAAGCGCGCAGCACUGCGCAGCUACGCGCACGCAGAGCGCGCAACUGCGCACCACUACAACGUACAGUAUGCACAGGCGGCGCGUUUCCCUCCAUGUUAUGAAGCAUCAAGAUUGUUAGAACAGUCACGAGAGGCCGCUGCCAGUCCAGCACGAGACGCACAGAACUCAGGAGCAGCCAGUCCGUGUGAGGACUGUCCGGAGACUGGGACUUCGCAGCCGGAUUCUGCAGGCUUCGGACUUGCUCGACUCUCUGCUAUAUUCUCUUCAAGAUAUCGACAGGUACCGACUCAAUGUUGCGAGGUGGAGAUGACAGAUGUUCGUUCCUCCUCCCUGAACUCGUCUCCAUCCCGCGCGCGGCCCGCCCUGCCUGACUACCGCAGCCCUACAUACUGUGACCUCGCCCACAUGAGUCUAGACGAUGCCACAGACCUCAACUACAUGGCAACACCAGUUGAAUUCUUCAGACGUAGAAAUCUCCGAAGGAAUACCCUUGAACGUGUCAUACACCACAUCAACCAGGCCCAGAGACCUCUAACACUUCAACUAGGUAGGUUCCAACUCAGUAUACCCAGGUUUGGACGCAGAUCAUCCAAUGAACCAAGACCGGACACACCCAAUGUGGCUGAAAUUAAUAUUGAAGAUUUAGAUUUUGUUCGUGUUAAUUCUAAUGAGACUUACACAUUAAAUGGACGUACGAUUAGACUUUUAGGUGCUAAUUUUGAGAAUUAUCCUGUACUAGCUGAUGAUUCAGUCCGGCCACCUCCGUACACUGAAGCUAUGAGGUACAAAGUGUACGGACCGCCGCCUGAAUAUUUAAGUAGAGAAAGGUUAAAUAACGAUAGAGAUAGCUCUAAUGUUGAUGAAGAAGCGACAAAUAAUGUUGAAAUGCCACCUUGUUAUGAAGAUUUAGCGUCUGGUGUUGACGCUAACGCUAAUGUAUCGAGUGAUGUACCAACUCAUAACGUAACAAAUAACAGUGAUGCAAAUAUAACGGUUAACGAUAACGGUAAUACAGUUGAAACAUUGAGUUCCGUUAUUGAUAACUUACCAGCUAUUGACAGUGAUGUCAACGCUAAUGAAACUCUGGUCGAAGUUAAUGAUUAACCGAGGGUUUCUGAAACCAAUCUCCGUUUAAAUUAUACUGUUAUCUCUAAUUUUUUUUUCAAAGAUAAUGACAGGG